AUGGAACCAUCAGCCAAGCAAACAGCAAUAGCAUCAGGUAAGCAAAGAAGUAAUAUUGAUGAUCUUCCAGAUCAUAUAGUUCAUAAGAUCCUCAACUUUCUCACCAUAAAAGACAUAGCUAGAUUCAGCACCUUAUCUCAAAGAUGCAGAAAGCUAUGUAUUACAAUUCCAAACAUAAACAUUGUCCUGACAGACAACCAAAUUUGGUUUCCAGAGAGAGCAAGAGUUGUUGACUUCAUAGAUAGAUUUAUGAUUUGUCGCAAUGGUUUGAAGUUAGAAAGUUUUCACCUGUCAUGGUUGUUUAGUACAAGGUCUAUUACAGCUUCUUUGCAUAAUGAGGAAUACAGAAUAUACUCAUGGUUGUAUCAAGUUGCAAGAUGUAAUGUAGAGAGACUAAAUCUUUGGAUUUAUUUCCAGGAAAGCAGCAAUGUGGGUACUUUUGUUUUGCCUCUUUGUUUCACUGAGUGUACUUCUUUUAAGUAUCUUAAACUAGGGUUGUCUAAUGGCAUUCUUAAAUUACCCACAGUUGGUUUCAAAUUUCUUCAGCAUGUGUUGCUGAGUGAGGCUCAUGUGGAACAACAAUUAUUUGAAGUUUGGUUGUCAAAUUGCAAGUGUUUGCAGAAGUUAAAGAUUUAUAAUAUCAAGGGUAUAGAAAGCCUUAACAUCAACAAUAAUGCAUGUCUUCAGUACUUGGAGAUCAUGGAUUAUUAUACAGGCACUCUCUCUAGUAUCAAUGUUUCAGCUUCUAGACUUUGUUUCUUGAGUUUAUAUUGGUUAUCUUAUCAAAGCAAAAGGAAGUUAGUAUUUUCUGCUCCCAAUCUUGAAACUUUGGUGCUGGAAGGAGAUACUGAUUUUGACUGUCAUUUAAGGAGCUUAACAAGUUCUCUUCAGAAGGUUUCUAUUUAUUCUCAAACUAAUCCUGCUCACUUUUUGAGCAAGAAUUAUCAGGUUUCAUCAUCAACUACUAUCCGAUGUUAUAAUCAGAUUCUCCAAAGUGUUUGCCAUGCUAAAAUGCUGCUUCUGAAUUCAGCUUUUGUUAAGCUUCCUUUAUUAGAAGUGCUUCCAAGGACUUCAAUACAGAGUGUGCACAGCUUGUAUCUGCAUGUCACUCCUUAUUUAAAGCUACAUGAUGUUAAUAGAAUUGCCUUCCUUCUCAUUUUAUUCCCUAAUUUGAAGUCUCUCACCUUGAAAUCAUACUUUGAAUCGGCAGCUCCCAGUGCUAAUCUGCUAAACAGCUCAAUGGAGGGAAGUAGUACUGCUAUAGAGUUCUUGCUAUCUAAUUGUCCAAAGGUGUACUUGGUAGAGAUUGACCUUGACAGGGAACAUAAUGUGUUAGUAUUAGUCAAAUACCUACUUAUGCAUGCUAAGGAACUCAACAAAAUGAAAAUCUAUUACUCACCAGAAGAGCAUCGCCUGCCAUCAAAGAUUAUCAGAUCGAUAGAAGCAUUCAGGAAGGCUUCUUCUACUGCUGCAGUUUAUAUUUUGCCAAGAGUAGUACCUUUAGCCGCCAAGCAUGUGUGCUUUUGUAGUAAUAGCUUUUUAAACUUCUAA